GGAUGUUUUAUUGCCUGCUUUGUUUUUUCUACUUUACCUGCAUUAAUAUAGCCCAUGCGCAAUUCAGCUUCGCUCCCGAGUGCUUCGGUCGGUCCACGAAAAAGAGAUACUGGCAUGUUAUGAACAACAGCAUAGGAAGAAGUAAAGGAGUCAUGGAAUUACUGCCAUGUCAAACAGAGCAGCAUCGGGAUAGGAUCUGGGUUGAAAUCGCUACAUAACAAAAUGCUUGCUUGCUGCAAUGCAUCCCUUGUUCUCUGGUCGAGUCCUGCUAGGGCCAACGCUCUCUGCCGCUCUGUCCCAUAUGGUUCGAUGUUGUCCCUAUGUAAUAUCCUGCAAUGUUGAGGAUAUGAUAUUUCAAUUGCAUUCUAUUCAAUCGUUCCUGUUAGCGCGCACAGAUACACUUCUCCUGGUUCUUUCGACGCGACUCGUUGCAAAAAAAAAAAAGCAUUUAUACCGUUGACAUUUCAUUCAUCCCUCCCCCCA